AUGUCCACCAAAGCCAUGAAGACCUUCCUCCUCUCCUCCCUGAUAUACACCUCCACCCACGCGUUUGUCCCACUGGAUAUCCACCCGCCAAUAGACAAUGUCGCCAUACAACCCGUACCCUCAGAUCUUGACACGGUUCACUGGGUGCCUAUCGCAACUCUCGAACCCAUUUCCAUUUCCAACACACCUCAUCCUGCAACCUCAGUGCCCACACCUACCCCGUCUGUCGACACAGAAACUGAAUAUCAUAUUCUCCCUCUCGGCCUCGAUGCGAACGCGGUCCCGGAGCUGAAAGUCAGGCAAGUAACAGGCCAAGGUGCCGCUGCUGCUCCAACGGCGAUCAAUCAAGUCAGUCCAAUCACAACAUACUACGUCAAUUCAAUGAUUGCGCCUGGCGAUGUGACACAAGUGCCCGUGGUGUACACACAGACUUUUCCACCGAUUCCGGACCAGUGGCCUAGCGCAGCUGCAGGAACGAUUGGACUAGGGACCAUUCAGGGCACUGUGGGACAGGUGAGGAGUAAGAGAAGUCUACCGACUCAGGCUCCUUUGGCAGGGGAUAAGAUCGUGAAAGAAGGUGGUGAAAACACGAACGGAGAAAGUGGUCAUGUGCAAGGGACCACAUCUUGGACGGAGAGACUGAAGAAAAUAGGCAAGGAGUGGAUGGAGCAGUUGUCCACAGAGAAUGGCGAGGAACCAACCAAGGAGCAAGAAGAGCACGCCGUUCUGCUUGACGAAGCAGUCGAACUCUCCACUCCGACUCCCUUGGUAGCUGUCCCUCUUGAGAACAAGCAGAAGGCAGAUUCACGUGCCAUUGCCAACGAUGCAGGCCGCGCUCUUCAGGCAGGGACGCUGGCUAUUCUGGCUGUGGGCAUUGCUACGAUGUGCGUGAGCUACCUAUAA